GUUUUUCAAUGAUGAAGCUGGAUUGCUAAGAUGUUUUUACUAGGUUGUACUCAAAGGAUUAUUAAAUAUUUACUGUUUAGUUUACUGGGUUUUUCUCUUCAGUGUUUCGCAACGUAUGACUCAGAUGAGUCAUCCGAAGAAAGCAAGGAAUACUUGGACAACGACUUUUUCCCAUUCACCACCAGAAAGCGGUACAUUUGGGAGGACUGGACAGUGCCAACACGAGAACCUCCGCAUCGUUAUGGCGACGGCGGUUACUCUGGUGGGGGAGAUCCAACAGUCUUUUUUGUUAUUCUCGGCGUUGGUAUCGUAAUAUUUGUUGUUCUGCUCUUUCUUUGCAAGAAAGCCAGAGACGAAAGGGCCGAUUCCGCUUCAAGAACUGUAGCGCAUUCUCCAACUUCUGGGGUUAGUGGCACAGAUGUGAUCAUCACUGUCACUGGAUCUGCGACCAAUAAUCCCACUCCAGGACGCCCUGGACUUGUUCGGCAAACAUCAGAAAAACCUCCUGAUUAUGCAACAGUUACACUAGGUGACCUCAGCAGCCCUAGAUCUCCGUUUCCCUCAGUUUUGAGGCAGAAGAGUAUCGAAACGCCACCACCGAAAUAUGACGAAACUAAUCCCAUGUUUAAAUAACCAACUAAAAUCAAUAAUGAUGUUACUUACAUCAUUAUUAAUGUCAGUAAGUACAUCAUCAUAAUGAUGAUACUUACUGACUUCUGGGAUAAUUCCUGUUUUAGGAAUUGUAUAUUGAGUGUUCGUAUUGCCAGUGAAUCAGUUAUUUGGAAAAGGAGUUAUCUCCAUUUUCACAAAAUUUACAGGAAGAGAACAAUAACCCCUGUUUACAGCUAUAUUACUUGAAGAAUUGAAUCAGUAAUCUAAUCGUGCUUUUAUUCACCUGAUCUUACCUGAUUUCACCUGAUGUAAAAAUGUCUAUGUAAUUAUUUAUGGUACUACAGAAUAGAUACUUAGGAAAAACAUUUUUCCGAUGUGCAGAUGAUCCUUUUUCCAAAAAAAAAAGAGGGUGAUGGUUUUGUGAUUUUAAUUUUUCAAAAGCAUUUUUUUAAUCCUGGACUUCAUGCAUUAUGAAUUAUGGCAAAAAAACUAAUAUCCCUGCAAAGUCACAAUGGAUUUACAUAUAAUAAAAGAUUAAAAAAAGAGGCAAAGUUAUUUCUGACCAGGUGCACCGUCCGUUGCAGUUGAUGUAUUAUUUCGUUUAGAAGUUUUUAUAACUGACCGGUAUGUAUUGGUAAACUGGUCCUAUAAUUUCUCAAAAUUGAUAGGUAGUUUUCCUUGAUACGCAGUGUUCCUUUCUUCAUUUAGGAGAAAAUAACUUAUGAAAGCUAUUUUGUUCUUUGCUUUUAAAUGCUAUUGACAAAGGGAUCGUUUUCAGCAUUGUUGAAGUGUAAUUUAUAAUAAUCGUUCACUAUGAAAUAAAAACUGUAUUUUUGCUAAGCAAUUCUUCGCUGACUCCAAUUUCAUCAGACCUUCUUUAUAAAGAGGGGUGGGCACCAAAUUUCAAAACCAAGUCGUUUGGAUGUGUGAUUCUUUGAACUUUGAAUUUGCUUUGUAUUUACAAUAAAUUCUAUCAAAUUUCAGUAGUCGACGAAUGCGAGGUGAAGGACAUGAUCUAUACAAAUAAGGAAUCCUGGAAUGAGAUGUUCAUCCUAAUGAUUUAUUUUUUCCUAAAAUGCUUUAAAGGAUGAAAUGAAACUUCUAUUCAUAUGGAGUAUAUGAUUGGAUAUGAAGGGACUGACUCUAGAACCACCAAAAUGUAAAUUUAUGAAAAAAUUGACAAUGACCCCCACCAUAAAGACUGAUUCUUUUCGAAUAGUUUGAUGGGAUUAGGUUACUGACAAUUGUACUUUACUUUGCUUUAAAUGCUGCAAAUUAUAUGCUGCAAUUAUUAAAAGCUCUUGUCGAUAGUCGAAUUGAACAACAGAUAGUACUGGUUUUGGUAAUAAUGUUCUGGUUAAGUAUAUGAACUAUAUAGAUUUUUGAGAUAUUGAACUGCAUGAACUUUUUGAGAAAGUGAAUGAGUUUACUACACUCUUACACUUUGCCAAACUAUUUCAGUACUAUGUCUUGAAUAUAGUCAAUUUACAUGAUGUCAUCAAAUUACACAUGUCAUCAAAGUCGAAUUGUAUGUUGUUUUACUUUGUACUGUGAUAUAAUUUUUUUUUCCAUUCUGGAAGUUGUAUAGUGAUUUCCAACAUAAAACUGAAGCUAUACAGGGCCAAAUUUAGAAAGUAAAAAUAUAUAAUUCACAUCGCCAAGAAUGCCAAAUUGCCAAAGAUUUAAGUUACCAUAUCAAUGAAAAGUUCAAACGCUUUCAGAUGCCAUCCUCUGAGGAAUACAGUAUUCUUCUAGAAAAAAAAAAGUCAGUAAAAAAAGUCAGUGUAUCAAAGUCAUUAAAAAACGCUAGUUAGAUUUGCAAUAAUUUCAGUUGAAAAAUAUUUUAUGGAAUUUUAUGGAAUUCCAUCAACUUGAAUGGUAUGCAUGACGAAUUUUGAUUGUCAAAAUGCAGACGAGUUUCUAUGCUAAAACAAAUCCACUAUUAUGUGUUUGAUGUCUAGUUUUUGUUUAUAAAUUUUUAUUAUUA